AUCGGUGUGCUAAUAUACUGCAGGGUCUGUCAUAAGGACUGCUGAAGAUUUGCUCAUUUCUACUUUGGAUACUUCAUGUUUCACAUUUCCAGAUAGAGUGCUAAGAUGCAGAAGGAGGAGUUGAUGAGAUUUAUCCAGGACAAAUGUCAGGAGUGUUUUUUGCACCUGGAUCAACCUGAGCAACAGAAAUCCUAUUUCUUCUGGUCCAUUAUGGAGUACAUCUGUAAUAGAAAUGGACAAGUAAUGAUGUCCGAAAUCUCCUCGCUCCUCUUCAAGGGCUACGGCCUUCUGAGGAGAAAACUGGGACGUGUGGAGAAACAGGAGGACUGGUGUAUUCCUCUGGCAGUGCUUUUAUGCUCCGCAGCUCCAAAAGAUGAACUCAGAGAAGCCAUUAUUGAAAUGGGAGACAUGUUCGCAUCUAGAAAAUGGAGCUAUGCAGCACAUAUCUGCUACGUGUUGGCGCAAUUGGAGCUGGGAUCACACCCACGAUUUACUCUGAUUGGAUGUGACAGAAUGCCAGACAGUAAAUCAGCCCUGAGGGAGGCAAUAGAGAGAACUGAGGUCUAUGAGUACGUGCUGUCUCUGACCACAGGGUUCGGUCAGCCACACUUCCAGGAUUUCAAGUAUGUUCACCCCUGCUACCUAACCGAGGCUGGACUCUGUGCUAAGGUGCUUGAUUAUUGCGAAAGAGUUGCUACAACGGUCCUCAGCUUCCCUCACUGCAUCCAAGGCAGUGUGAUGGAAUUGGUUAUAUGGCUCUCUGAGCGUUUGCUUCAAGAAGAAUGGAAGAAUGAAGCAGAAGAACCCAAGUGGCUGAAAGAAUUUCACCAGAUGCUGGAAGAUAGAGCAGCCCUUUGUAGCUCUUCUGAUAACCAGGAGCAGUGCAGCUUUGAGUCUGAGGAACCAGUUAACCUGCAGUUUCACCCUUCAGAUCAUGAUGAGUUUGACUCACGGUACACUAUGGGAGAGAUGCUGGGGACUGGAGGCUUCGGCUAUGUCUACGCUGGAGUCCAUAAGGCUGAUGGGAAACCGGCGUUCUUCUUCUUCACCACUUGUGGACCGACUAAAACACUUGCGCGUAUUUGCUGCCUCCUUCAGUUCCGGAAGAAUCGCUACCAAUCUACUGCAGAAAAACAAGUACCAUCACGUUUUAAGAAGGUUGCUAUUAAAUGUAUGGACAGAAAUCCCUAUGAUGAAUUCAUCACCAUCCCUGGAGAUACACGCAGGCUCCCUCUGGAGGUGGCAUUGAUGGAGAUGGUGUCCAAGCCUCCUGGCUGUGAGAAUGUGGUGAAGCUACUGGAAUGGUUCAAGAUGUCCACCUUCUACAUCUUGGUGCUGGAGCAACCCGUCCCCUGCACAGACCUUUAUCACUACUGUAAACGUAACCGUCAAUUGCCUGAACCAGUGGCUCGAAAGCUCAUGUGGCAAGUGGUUCAGGCUGCUCAUCACUGCUGUACCCAUGGAGUUUUUCACAGUGACAUCAAGCCUCAGAAUAUUUUGAUCAAAACGGACACGCUGGAGGUGAAGUUGAUCGACUUUGGCUGUGGCGACCUGCUGACGAACGAGCCCUACAAGAGCUUUUCAGGCACUCCGAUUUACUCGCCUCCUGAGUGUAUUCUCAACAGAGACUAUUUUGGAGUUCCUGCUACUGUCUGGUCUCUGGGUGUGGUCCUGUUUUUCUUGGUCACUGGAAAGGACCCCUUCAAUAGUGAUAAAGAGGUUGUUAAGGGGAAUCUGCGGCUCCAUUCUGAUCUGCCUGUCGGGUGUUGCGAACUGAUCAAGUGGUGCCUGGAAAAAGACCCGAAUCAUCGGCCAACUCUCACACAAAUCCGAAACCACAGGUGGUUUAAGGAGGGACUUCAGGACACGGUCCUGACAAAAUUUCGACAAAAUUUCACGGAGCUAAGACACGCUGUAAUCGUCUAGAGUACAGGGAUUAUACUGGAUCAGUACUGAGCUCUGGAACACAGAUCACUCUACUUAUGGGUUCACUGAGGAAAUACUGAUUGCUUUCCAGUCCAUUUUAAUCUAUCUUUAUUAUGUUGUAGAUGCCAUGCUGUCCUGCUGACUAGUAUCUGAUAGCACCUUCAUAACAUUUAAAUGUGUAGGGGUCCACUCACUGGUCCAACGACGGUAUCCAAUGACGUGGUAGAAGGAUUUCCAUGUGUCCCUGUCCUUUUGAAGCGAUGCGAAUAUAUUUAAAUUCUGCUUAACUCUCUCUUAAAUUAAAUCUGACUCCUGAAACUUC